GUAAAACUCACUCUCUCAUCCCUUCUCUCUCUCUCUCUCUCUCUCUCUCUCUCUCUCUCUCUCUCUCCAACGCGAUGAACGGAGAGAAAGAUCUGGCCGGAGACGGAGAGUGCUCACGAACCAAAACCUCAAAGCCUCGAUUCGCUCAUCUAAACACCGACAAAACCAACCAGUUUCAUCACAAAGGCGUCGUCGGCGACGACUUUCUCAGCGUCCGAUCCAGCAACAACAACAACAACAACGUCGACGCCUUCUCUUCGAAAUCAUCUCCCAGAUCCGGAAACGAGCUCACUCUCAGCUACCUCUGCGAGAACCGCGACCUCUCCGAGAAAAUCGCCGAGAGCCAAAAGGGUAAAGAGGUCGUUACCUUCUCCGAGAACAAUCCGAACCAGGACGAGGAGAAAUGGAUCGAGAGAGACUUCUUCAAUCUCAGAGAACCAAAUCCAAACUCCUCUUCCAAGCGUAAGUCUCACGAGAACGAGGUCAAACAAGAAGAAGGAGAAAGAGAAGAAGAGAAGAAACAAAAGAUCGAGACUCUAAACCUCUCUCUAGCACUACCCGACGUCUCCCUCUCCCUAACGGCGUCAAACGCCGUCAAAAGACCGAGGGUCAACAACAACAGCGAGCGAACCACGACGUCGUUUUCCAACGACUUCACGGCGACGACGGCGCCGUCCAUGUCCUACUCCUACUCCCACCCUUUCUCCCACAACCUCAGCUGCUCCGCCGACUUCGACUGCUCCGCCGAGCGAGACGACCGCAUCUGGUGCGCCGGCGAAGGAACCAACGGAUCCGUCCACAGCCGUUUCCGUCCCAUCGCCGACGGCGUCGGCGUCGCCCUCGCCAGAACCCCCGCCGCCGUCAAACCGUCCACCUCCUCCGACUACUCCUUCUUCCCCUCCGAGCUACCUGCUCGCCCGGGGAUGGAAGCUACAACAAUCUCCGGCGAUUCGAGAAAAAAGUUAGAAGAAAACGACGACGUACGAUCGGAGAGAGUCCUAUACGACAUCGUUUCGAAGUCUAUUUCCUCCGCAGCGUUGAUUAUUCAAGGGAUGGCUGACGAGACACUCGAGGCAGCUAAAGAGUACUUACGGAACUUAAUCGAUUCUCCGGAUAAGAAGGAGAAGCUGACGAGUCUUCAGAGCCAGAUAGAUAGAAGAUCCGAUCUCUGCAAAGAGACCUUAUCCAAAUGCGUCAAGGACCAGCUCGACAUCUUGGUCGCCGUGAGAACGGGGCUCAAGUACUUCCUCUCAGGCAAAAUCCGCAUCCCGAUGAACGAGCUGGUGGAGAUCUUUAUGUUUCUGAGAUGCAGGAACGUGAACUGCAAGAGCCUGUUGCCGGUCGACGACUGCGAGUGCAAGAUCUGUUCCAACAACAAAGGGUUCUGCAGCUCGUGUAUGUGUCCCGUUUGCUUGAGGUUUGAUUCGGCUAGUAAUACUUGUAGUUGGGUGGGGUGUGAUGUCUGCUCUCAUUGGUGUCACGCUGCGUGUGGGAUUCAGAGGAAUCUUAUCAGACCGGGACAUAGUUUGAAGAGUCCGAGAGGUAAUAAGACGGAGAUGCUGUUUCAUUGCGUUGGGUGCGGUCAUAAGUCUGAGAUGUUUGGUUUCGUCAAGGAUGUGUUUGUGUGCUGCGCUAAGAACUGGGGACCUGAGACUCUGGUCAAGGAGCUUGAUUGCGUUGGGAAGGUUUUCAGAGGGAGCGAUGAUGCUAAAGGCAAAACGUUGCAUCUCAAAGUUAAUGAAAUGGUCAAGAAGCUAGAGAGUAAACUGGUCUCUCCUACUGAUGCAUCUAACUUCAUCAUCCAGUUUUUCAACUAUGCAGAGUCAGUAUCAGAGUUUCCGGAACCACCGAAGGAGCAAACAGUUGUAACAGAAACGAGCUACAGAAAAGACGAAGCAUCUGUGACGGCUUCAACGUCCAAGGAGCAGAUGAAGAAGAGCUUUGCGUUGACAGAUGCAAUGAUGAACAGUUUCGAUAGUUUAGAGAGCAUGGUGAGAAUCAAGGAGGCCGAAACAAGAAUGUUUCAGAAGAAAGCCGACGAGGCGAGGAUAGAGGCGGAGAGUUUCAGGAGGAUGAUAGAGAUGAAGACGGAGAAGAUGGAGGAGGAGUACACAGAGAAGCUGGCGCGGCUGUGUCUGCAAGAGACGGAGGAGAGGAGGAGGAAUAAGCUCGAGGAGUUGAAGAAGCUUGAGAACUCUCACUGUGAUUACAGGAACAUGAAGAUGAGAAUGGAGGCUGAGAUUGCUGGAUUGUUGAAGAGGAUGGAAAGUACAAGACAGCAAUUAGUAUGAAAUGAAUCUGAACUAACAGAGCUUUUCUUAAUUAUCCGUUUCUUUGCUUCUUGUUGUCUUUUGUGAUAAAAAUAUCAGUGAUAACUGCUUUAUUUGUUUUUCUCAGUUUUAAGUUUUUUUUUUAAUCUAAAAACUUAAGAUUUUUUUUUGCUAAUAAUAAUUAUAAAUAUUUUAUAUGUUUAUAUGA